AUGAGCAUCUGGGAGGUGAUCCUGGCUUUUGUGAUGGUGGUGCUGAUGCUUGUGGCCCUGCUGGCCAACGUGCUGGUGCUGAUGUGCUUCUUGUACAGCGCCGACAUCCGCAAGCAGGUCCCAGGAUUGUUCAUCCUCAACCUCACCUUCUGCAACCUGUUGAUGACCGUCUCCAGCAUGCCCCUGACCUUGGCUGGGAUCAUUUACAAGAGGCAACCGGGAGGAGAUCAGAUCUGCCACGCUGUGGGCUUCCUGGAGACUUUCCUCACCACGAACUCCAUGUUGAGCAUGGCAGCGUUGAGCAUUGACAGGUGGAUUGCCGUGGUCUUCCCUCUAAGUUACCACUCCAAAAUGAGGUACAGAGAUGCUGCUCUCAUCCUGAGCUACACGUGGUUACACUCUGUGUCAUUCCCCAUAGUGGCAGCGUCUCUCUCCUGGGUGGGUUUCCAUCACCUCUAUGCCUCCUGCACCCUGUACAACAAGAGACCAGAGGAUAGGACACAGUUUGUGAUUUUCACUGGGGUCUUUCACACCCUCAGCUUCCUCCUCUCCCUUAUAGUCCUGUGUUUCACUUAUCUCAAAGUGCUGAAGGUGGCACGGUUCCACUGUAAGCGGAUUGACGUGAUCACUAUGCAGACCCUGGUACUGCUUGUGGACAUCCAUCCCAGUGUAAGAGAGCGUUGUCUAGAAGAGCAGAAGAGACGGAGGCAACGAGCAACAAAGAAAAUAAGUACCUUCAUUGGUACCUUUAUACUUUGUUUUGCACCUUAUGUUAUCACAAGACUUGUUGAAUUAUCCUCUUCGAUCCCCAUCAGCUCCCACUGGGGAAUUAUCUCCAAGUGCUUAGCUUACAGCAAAGUAGUUUCAGACCCUUUUGUUUACUCUUUGCUACGGAAUCAGUACAAGAAGACAUGGAAGGACAUCAUAAACAAGAUCCUCAAAAGGAGCUCCAUCAACUCGUCUGCCCUCACGAGCGAGUCGCACAAUCGAAAUAUAUUGCAGCUGAAUGAAUGA